AUGAUUCCAGUAUUGUUCUUUGUGCUCGCUGUACUUGUAGCCGCUCAAGAACCAGAAAAAGAGAAUGAAAGGCCGCCAGAGGGAUAUCCAGAGGGAUAUCCUGGAUAUCCCGAAGGGUAUCCAGGAGUAGGUCAGCCGGAGAAGGAGGAUAAGGAGAAGGAAGAAAAGGAGAAGAAGGAGAAGGAAGAAAAGGAGAAGAAGGAAAAGGAAGAGAAGGAGAAGGCGGAGAAGGAGAAGAAAGAGAAGGAAGAGAAGGAGAAGGCGGAGAAG